AUGGAGUCUUUUGUAGUAACUUUAGUUCUAGUGGUGGUGUUUGUAACGCAAGGAAGUUUUUGUUUGGCCUCUGAUUCUUCUUCUUCUCCAAAUUUUCUUUGUCAUUUGUUUGGUUGCCCUUGGAAGAAGCCACCUUUUAAAUGGCGACCAUCUCCGGAAUAUCCAUAUUCGCCGCCACCGGAAAAGUACCCACCUCCGCCGGAGAAGUAUCCACCUCCGCCGACCGAAACGUAUCCUCCGCCAACCAAAACGUACCCUCCUCCGGUGGAAUAUUCACCGCCGCCGCGCAAGACUUACCCUCCUCCGCCCGUGGAGUAUCCGCCGCCGGUGGAAUGUCCUCCGGUGAAGUAUCCGCCGCCGCCGCGCAAGACUUACCCACCUCCGCCGCGCAAGAUUUACCCUCCUCCGCCGGUGGAGUAUCCACCACCGCCGUACGAGACUUACCCUCCUCCGCCGGUGGAGUAUCCACCACCGCCGUACAAGACUUACCCUCCGCCGCAAAAGACUUACCCUCCACCGGUAGAGUAUUAUCCAUCGCCUCCGACCAAGAAAUAUCCUCCGCCGGUAGAGUAUUAUCCAUCGCCUCCGACCAAGAAAUAUCCUCCGCCGGUAGCGUAUUAUCCGUCGCCUCCGAUCAAGAAGUAUCCACCACCGUCACAAUACCUAACACCCCCACCUUACGGUGGAUAUACUCCGGCUGCACCAUAG